UGUUUGUUUGUUUGUUUGUUUGUUUGUUUGCCUUCCACGAGCCGCCUUUGAAACUCUUCUAGGAUCCACGCCGUAUUUUUCUCCAUGCCUUCAAGCGUAAAGUCCCACACGUCACCUUUCCUCCGCCUCCCCUUAGCAACAGAGGCAACAUGGCGGCGUCCAGUAACGCGGAGCAUUCUCCCGAGAUAUCUAGGCCGUUAAAGAUACCGAAAACCGAGGUGCCAUCUCCCGAGUCGGAGGACUUGAGUGACAGCAAUCAAUACCACUCCAAUCCCUCGACACCUAACCGCUUCUCGCCUUUGAACGUGGGCUCAGGGACCGCGGGCCGAACGGCGGCCUCAUCCUCCUCCAACAGCUUCACGGCUUGCCGAGGGAUGUCGUGGACUCCGUCCGAGACAAACGCCCUCAUCGCGGUCUGGGGCAACGAGAGGCUGACAGAGGCGAGAAUGCAGCAGCUGGAGGUCGCAGGCACCGUGUUCUCCGGUAAGGCCCCCGGUCCUGCCAUGUACGAGCGUGUUUCCAGAGCCUUGUCGGAGCUGGGUUAUGAGAGGACGCCGUCCCAGUGCAGGGAGAGGAUGAAGACACUGCGGCGCUGCUACAGCCGUGUGAAGGAGCAUGGCAUCGGCAAAAGGAAGAGCAGCUACACUAUUGAACAGCUGGAGAAGGUGUUUGGUCAGGGAGGCUGGGACUCCCAGAGCUGCGCCCCGGUGCUGAUCAACAGCAGUGGGCUGUAUCAGGAGAUGGAAUCUGAUGGCAGCACCCUGGAAGACUUCUCCCAGGAGGACUGGUGCAACCAGGUGCUUGACUCAGCUUUCCAGGAGGGAGACAUGGAAACUGAAGAAAUCCAGGUGCCUAAAAACAGGGCUCUGCAGAUUCAAGCAGAGCUGUCAGAACAAAUCCAAAAAAGGGACAUGAUGCAGACUGUGAUACGUAUCCUUGAGUCAGUGCAGCUGAAGUGGGAGCACUUCCAGACGUGGACUGAGUUCUCACGGAUGCAUCUCUCCAACAAACUGGCCAUCUUUGGUGUGGGCUACAACACACGCUGGCGUGAGGACGUGCGCUACCACUAUGCUGAAAUCAGCUCACAGGUGCCACUAGGCAAGAGGCUUCGUGAGUACUUCAACCCAGAGAAGCCCGAGGGCCGCAUCAUCAUGACCAAAGUUCAGAAGAUGAACUGGAAGAAUGUCUAUUACAAGUUCCUGGACAUAACCAUCAGUGAGGCGCGCUGCCUUGAGCUGCACAUGGAGGUGGACUGGAUCCCUGUAUCCCAGUCCAAAGCAGCAGGCUGCAGCAAAGGCUCAUCCCACUACCUCCUUCCUGGGGACAUCCCCAAGGCGUAUGGACUCUACGCUAUUGGCUAUGAAGUGCUGUCGUCCUCUAACGACACCGCUCAGACCUCUCCCCAAGGUGACGGUGAAGACCAUAGCAUACCUCAGUGUGAGUCAGAGAAUGGGGCACAGGCUGAUGUAGAAGAUGCAGGGAAAGGGGACAGGACUGGGGUUAAAGUCACUUACUGCUACCUAGGCAUAGCUGAGGAUAGAACUAUACAGCAGUGUCUCUUCCAGCACUUUCAGGGUUCUGGCAAACACUAUGCUCAUGGUGAGCCCUCCGCUGUGACGCGUUUGCUGCAGGAGAACUGCCGUGCUGAUGGAGGUGAAGACUCUUCUCAGCGUUUUGCCAUUUACAUAAAAUUCAUUGAGGUGGAGCUGGACUUCCUCUCAGCAGGCUCCCUGGUGGAGUGCCUCGAAACUGCUGUUGGUUAUUCCUUGAAAUACAACAACAAAGAAACAUCGUAACUACGCUCAGUGUUUCAGGAUUAAAUUGACUGAAGAUAUAAUUAACAAGCGUUACAGCCAGUGAGGCAACAUGAAAUGUGACCAAUUCUGUCUGUUACAAAGCAUGGAUGUGUGCAAGAGUCUGGCAUAUUUUUGAGGCCUAUCAAGCUCUAUUCAACUGAUCUUAAUUAUACUCUCAUUAAGUCAAAGAAGAAUGACUAUACACAAUAUAGAAAGUGUAUUGUGUCGAAAUAUGGGCUUAAGUACGGCGCUGCAGCAUCCAAGAAGUAUGUACUUAUUAUUUUAGGCUAAUGUGCACUACAAAGGUUUCUGCUGCUUGUUUAGUGUAGAUUAAUAUUGCCUCAUCAGGGAGUGUGGGGUUGGCAAGGUGACUACUGCAGUAUGCAUCUGUCUACCUCAGUAGGAUGUAGCAAACAAGGCAGCAAGGGGACCAUAAUAUGUAUUUAUUCUAAAACUGCCUUUACUUUGAUUGUCAGGGUCUGGACCUGAAUUCACAAAGCAUCUGAGAGUACGUGAUGGCUGAUUUAUGCCUUAUGUUUUGCAUGUGAGACGGGGCUGCAGCUAAGGAUGCUUCAAUGCAAAGGAGAAAAAAAAAAUCAAAGAAUUAAUAUUUACCAUAGAUAUUCAGAUGGUACUGGUCAGUGUGGAUAUGUGUUUGUCCAGCAGGGAGAAAACUGGGCUCAGCACACAAAACAACACAUUUCUGCUUAUGUCGACUUGUAAUGACAUCUCUGUGCACCAAGGGCGUUGUAAAUUAUAGGGACGAAUGAAAAUAUGUUUGCCAUAGCUUACCAUCGCUGAAUCCAAAUACAAAAGGUUCUGUAGUGUUUUUGCAACACUUAGAAGUCAUAAUAAGUAUAUCAGUGAACUUCUACCACCUGCUGCUGUUUGAUUAUCAGCUGAGAAAGCUUCAGUGUCAUACCUGCUACGGUGCCUGCACUCCAUCUAACCUGAGUCCCCCGCUUCAGCACAAACAAAUGGAACAUUUGAAACAUUGCUUAAAUCAGAUGUUUUCAAAGUGGGUGGCAGGGGCUGCAAACAUUUGUAAGGGAGGCUCAGAAAGUGGAAGUGAAAAUGUAUUACGUUAGUUGCCAAAACGAGAUCGCGUAGGAUAGCCUAAAUCAGGUAAUUCAGGUACACGGUAGUUUUGGGAAAUGUUACAUGUUUUCCCACUUGCCCAGAGUCACAGACUAAUAUGCCUUAGGACAGACCUUUUUAUGUGUUUGGUAUAGUCUGAAGUUAUGUCAAACAGCAGUAUUAGGCUAUAUUUGCUUGUUGAGCAUCUGUGGCAUCAGAUAAUAUAACUAAGUUCCCAUGGGCAUUAAGGAAGUGAGCAAAACCGAGCAAAUGUACUAAGGGGUGAAAAAAGGGGGAUCUUUUUCUAAUCUUUGUCUGAGAGGAGGUCCACUGUCUUAGCUAUCUUGAUCAUCUCUUAAGCUCAGUUUCUGACUCUGUUGUAUGGUCUGUUAACACUUGAAUGCAUAUAUAAAUGCUUGACUAGGUUGGUGGCGUUGUUCAGGGUUUUUCCUCCCGCGCAAACAAAAUCUGUUGUACACAACGCUGACGUUUGGCUUUGCUUGAUAUUCUGAAAUACUCCAAUGACAAAUUUUGUGUGCCAUAGUAUCAGCCAAUAUGAGAAAUCAUUGAUAUUACUGAGUACAGAUAUGCAAAGCAUGCUAAUAUGUGUUGGUGGCCAGUACUUUUGAGCAUCUCUAGCUGCAGCUGUGGCGUUGGGUGUUUCAUUCAACCGACACCACAGAAGUUGUGUUAAUGAGUUAUCAGCACCUCCCACAUAUGUGUAUUUUAAAUGCAGUCGUGCAGAUACCACAUAACCGUGCCAAUGGUUGUGAUAAUGUACUUGCUUACAGGUUUAAACCAGACCAGAGCACUGAUCUACAACUUCUAGUCAGGCUAAGACUAUAAGCUGCAGAGGUUAACUCAUCUUUGACCAACAAUCAAAGUGAAUUCUCUAUGAACACGAUACCUGAGGUUAUGUGCAAUGUGCCAGGAAAGGACUGUGUAGAGAAGACUCAUGGAUAAGUCCAUAUUAAAUCUAUGUAUAUGAAAUCUACCUUAUAUAUCUAUAAUAUAUAUUUAAGAAUAUCGAUGUUCUUGAGCAUUCCGGCUUUAGCAGACUUGCAAUGUUCAUUUGUUUGGGUAUACAGUAUAGAAAGAUAAAUAUGAUCUUUUAUAUUUUGUCGGUUGACACCAUGUCUUGUAUGUGAUUGUUUGGAAGUCACCGUCUUGUAUGUUUACAUGUUUGAAAACAAUAAAUGGGGCACUCACUGUCAUUUGCCAUACAGUGAAAA